CUUCCCUCUCCCCCACCCUCCUUUUUGAGUGCCCCCCUGGAAGCCGGUCAGGAGGACACACAUGUAAAGAGCACCGUGAUUGAGGAGUGGGCCACAGAAGACUCCCGAGGCUGAGCGCUGAAGAGAUGGCGACAAGCCCCCGGUCAGGACCUACGGACAUCCUGCUCUCCUCCCCCUCCAAUACCUACCAGCCGGACUCCAUGAGCCAGCAGAGAGCCAGCCACGCCAGCAUGAAGCCUAACCAAGUGGGCCAGGUGAUUUUGUACGGGAUCCCCAUCGUGUCUUUGGUGAUCGACGGCCAGGAGCGGCUGUGCCUGGCGCAGAUCUCCAACACCCUGCUGAAGAACUUCAGCUACAACGAGAUCCACAACAGGAGGGUGGCGCUGGGCAUCACCUGCGUGCAGUGCACCCCGGUGCAGCUGGAGAUCCUGCGGCGGGCCGGGGCCAUGCCCAUCUCUUCCCGCCGCUGCGGCAUGAUCACCAAGCGGGAAGCGGAGCGGCUCUGCAAGUCCUUCCUGGGGGAGAACCGGCCCCCUAAGCUGCCGGACAACUUCGCUUUCGACGUGUCCCACGAGUGCGCCUGGGGCUGCCGGGGCAGCUUCAUCCCGGCCCGCUACAACAGCUCCCGGGCCAAGUGCAUCAAGUGCAGCUACUGCAGCAUGUACUUCUCGCCCAACAAGUUCAUCUUCCACUCCCACCGCACGCCGGAGGCCAAGUACACGCAGCCCGACGCCGCCAACUUCAACUCCUGGCGCCGCCACCUCAAGCUGACGGACAAGAGCCCCCAGGACGAGCUGGUCUUCGCCUGGGAGGACGUCAAGGCCAUGUUCAACGGCGGGAGCCGCAAGCGGGCCCUGCCGUCCGCCCCGCCCCAGCCAGGCGCGGCGGCGGCCGCCCAGUGCCACCCGCUGGGCUCUGUCAAGGCGGCGGCCGCGGUGGUGGGCGGCGGGCUGCUGAGCCCGCACCUGCUGGGGGCGCCGCCGCCGGAGCUGCAGCAGAAGCGGGCGCGCUUCGAGGAGGACGAGGAGCUGGAGGCGGGCGGCGGCGGCGGCAAGAGCCAGCGGAGCUACCCGGUCAUCCCGGUGCCCAGCAAGGGCUCCUUCGGCGGCGUGCUGCACAAGCUGCCCGGCUGCGGCGGCCUCUUCCCGCACCCCUACGGCUUCCCCGCCGCCGCCUUCGGCCUCUGCCACAAGAAGGAGGAGGGCGCGGCCGGCGAGGCCCACAAGGCGGCCGGCGGCCUCUCGGGCCUCUUCUGGCCCGGCCGGAAGGAAGCUGCCUUCUACCCGCCCUUCUGCAUGUUCUGGCCGCCCCGCGCCCCCGGCGGCCUGCCGGUGCCCACCUACCUGCAGCCGCCGCCGCCGCCGCAGCCGCCCAGCGCCCUCAGCUGCUCCCUAGGCGACAGCCCCGGGCUGCUGCGCCAGGCCUUCCUGGACCUGGCCGAGCCCAGCGGCGAGGCGGCGGCCGCCGGGCUGGGCACCCCCCCGGCCGCGGCCGCUCCAGCUCCAGCUCCCGCUCCCCCGGCCAGCGGCGCCGGCAGCGCCAGCGGCAGGGACCCGCUCUUCGAGACGCCCCCUGGCGGCGGGGACGCCGGGUCCCCCGCGGCGGAGGCGGGCGGCGGGGGCAGGGUGCCGGCUCGCCACCCCCACCUGCUGGAGGGCCAGGCCGGCCGCAAGGCGGGCAGCGGCUACCACCACUCCAGCGCCUUCCGGCCGGUCGGGGGCAAGGAGGACUCGGAGAGCCUGGCCAAGCUGCACGGGGCCAGCGGCGGGCCCCACCUCCCGGGCUCCCCGCUGCUGCUGCUGCAGGAGGAGCCGGGCUGCGAGCGCCACCCGCCCCAGCCCCCCCACCGCCUCCUCUCCCCCGGCGGCACCAGCUGCAGCUACCCCAGCGAGGAGAGCAGCGAGGAAGAGGAGGAGGACGAGGAGGAAGAGCAGGAGGUGGACGUGGAGGGGCACAAGCAGCCGGAGGAGGAGGAGCAGGAGGGGGACCAAGGGGUGGACGCCCUAGGGGGGAGCAGCCGGUACCUCCAGAGCCGGGGACUGACGGAGAAAGGAGGAGGCAGCAGGGACCGGGCUGCUGCUACUGGCCUCUUCCCCAUCAACUCCUCCAGGCAGCAGCAAGAGGAGAAACUAGGGGACACCACUGCAGAGCUGCAUCCUCCUCCCCCUGGCCCCCCGAAAAGGGGGAAUAGCAGCAGCAGCAGCAGCCCAGUGCACCAUCCAUCACUGGAGGAGCAGCCCUCCUACAAAGAUAAUCAGAAAAGCAAGGAAGGUAACCAAGUCAUUUUGGCUACAAAAGAGGACAGUAACUUUUCAGAUAAGAACAAAGAGCAUAAUUUUUUCAUCACAGAAGAGCCUUCAGGAGGAGACUUCUGGCAAGAUAUAGCAGGUGAGCACAUACAAGAAACCAAUUCACCUCAUUCACUGAAGAAGGAUGUAGAAAACAUGGGGAAAGAAGAACUUCAGAAGGUUUUGUUUGAACAAAUAGAUUUACGGAGGAGAUUAGAACAGGAAUUUCAAGUGUUGAAAGGAAACGCUUCUUUCCCAGUAUUCAAUAAUUUUCAAGAUCAGAUGAAACGGGAGCUGGCAUACAGAGAAGAAAUGGUGCAGCAGUUACAAAUUGUAAGUUGGUCAUCGGCGCUUAUUAAUUUGACUGAAAAAUGGUUGUCCUAUGUAUCCAAAGCCAGCUUUCCAAAGGGACCUGAAACUAGCCACUGCUUGUGCAUAUGCACAAAAAAGCAUGCAAUUUUUGUGCUCUGUUACUUAUCCAUAUAA